AAGUCAAAGAAAAUGAAUUAUUAAAUUAAAUUAAUAGCCCUAAAAGUAAUUGUAUAUUAAAAAACAUUUAUCUUAAUUAUAUUCAAUUAUUAGAGCCUUAUUUAAAUUAUGGAUGAUAUAUCAUCUGAAGAUAUCUUAUUAGAAGAGGAUGAAUCUGAAAUGAUGCAUUUAACUCCUGCUCAGUUAGUCGAUAGAAUGCAAGAAACUUGGAUAAACGAAAUUCGUGCCCCAGAAAUUCUCCCUUAUAAAUAUGAAUAUGUUGAAUGUUUACUGGAACAUAUCAAUUCAAUGGAAGAAAAUAUUGAAACCCUUCAAACAGCAAGUUUAGUUAAAGUUGUCCAUCAAUUAGAGAUUGAUCGUUUUCGAUAUAUAAUUGCAAGUUAUUUAAGAACUAGACUUGAAAAAAUCGAACUACAUGUUUUUCACAUACUUAAGGAGGAAGACACAAGAAUAGAGAAAAACGAACUCCCCUAUUUAAGUGAUGGUGAAUUGCAAUUUGCUCAAGAGUAUAAAAAUAGUAUAGAGCAACAUUUCCAAAGCGUCUUAAGUUUUUGGCCAGGAAUGCCUCCGGAUGAUUGGAAAAACAAUCCAGUUGUUCCCAACCUUGACAGCUUUGUAUUUCUUAAAUCAAAGGAAAAUGUGGAAGGUGUAAUUAUUGAUGAUAGUGAUGAAAAUGACAUAGUGGACUUAAAAGAAGGAUCACAAGUUAUCCUUUCUUACAGUAAAAUUGCAGACCUGUUAAAAAAUGAUAAAGUUUCUUUGUUGUGAUAUUUUAGAACAAUGUUCUUA